UCCUGUGAUGGCAGACACAAGUCUCGCUCUUACCAUAUUUUUAUUUUGCCUUUCUGGAUCAAUGAACGUUAAAGCUGUCACCCUGUACUUCAGGACAGGCGGGACCUUCACCCUGGAUCCUGGACUACCUGGGAUCCCAAGAAACAUCCUCUGGACACAUGGAUCUGACAAGGCUGUGGAGUGGCGCGGACAAGCUGAAAAACUGGAAACCUAUACAUACCGGGAAUUUAAAGAUAAAUCCACAUUGAACCUCACAACAGGAGCGCUGACAGUGAGAGACUUGGUCAAAGACUUAAGCGGUACAUACAAGCUGGAGUUGACCACCGAGAGGGGACUCAGCGAGUUCACACAGACAGUGGAGGUUCUUGAUCCUGUACCCAAGCCUGAGGUUUCCUGUGUUCAGGAAGGUAACACCACCCGUCUCUUCUGCUUUGCUAAAGACCAUCAAGUGCAGUUUCGUUGGUCAGGGCCAGACCUUGAUGGAAUGUCAUGGGGACCCAUGAACGGAUCUGCUGACAUUAUUAUUGGAAAACAAGGCAGCUACAGCUGUGAAGUAAAAAAUCCAGUCAGUGAAAAGAAACAGAGCUUCCACACCAAGGACUGUGGCUCUACAGAAGAUUGGACAACCAUCAUUGCAGUCAUUGUGGCCAUGGUCCUGAUCUUUAUCCUGACUGUAAUAGCAUGCUUCAUAAAAAAGCACUGCACGCGCAAAGGGAGUGAUGGAAACAAGCCCGGAGUGGCUAAACGGGAGGAUCGGGAUAACUCCCGACGCACCCUGACGUAA